AUGGAGUCCCACGUCGCGUCGCUCGCGAUAUCGCAAGGCGAAGUGCGUAUGCUCAACGAGAUUCUGCACUCGCCUGUCGCGCGCCAUCGGCCGUCGCACCGCUACGCCCAGUUGUGCCCGCUCUCGGACCCGCCUCCGCAGAACGUCAAUGAACUGCCCACGACGUACGAGCCGCCGCCUCAAUACGACAUUGGUUUCAUCACCAAUAGCGACGCCAGCCGCAUGCAGCAUCCCACGUACGGCGCCAAGGAGACCGAGACGCGUGCGGUCUCGUACUCGUCGUCUUCGCCGUGCACGCCGCUUGGUGCUAUGUAUGCGAAUGCACCAACGCCUACGACCACAUAUAGUACGUCGAGUGGAUACAAGCCAGUCGACAGCCCGCGCGUGCAGGCAAGCGUUGAAGUGCCAGCGUCGUGGUCGUCCUACGGCACGCCACCACAGUACCACCACGAACCUCGCGGUCUCCCUCAGCGCGGGCAAGGAUACGAGCUGAGCCCGCGUCCAGUGCAAGCAUUGGUACCACCCAGCUUUGGCACGCUUUCGUACAUGCCAACGUACUUGCCUGGUACAAACAUCCAGUACCAGCACAACUACUCGUCGAUCUCGCGACCCUACGGUUACCAGCCCCCCGCGGAGACAGCACGGAACGACGAACAACAGGACAAUACCAAGAAGCCGCCCCGCACGUGCAAGUACGCCAACUGCAUGAAGACGAUCCAGCGCCACGGGCUCUGCCACAAGCACGGCGGG